GAUGGCUGCGGCUCAGGGCCGGAGAGCUGGAGAGAGAAAGUCCCGGUAUUAAACCCAAAACAACUCCGGGAUCUUCUAACAUCAGCGGGGAGCGUCAGGGGCUUUAAUGUUCAGGUGUUAAGUGUGUGUGUGUGUGUGUGUGUGUGAGAGUGUGUGUGUGUGUGUGAGUGUGUGUGAGAGUGUGUGUGUGUGUGUGUGUGUGAGUGUGUGUGAGAGUGUGUGUGUGUGUGUGUGUGUGUGUGUGUGUGUGUGUGUGUGUGUGUGUGUGUGUGUGUGUGGAGGAAGUGCGGAGUGUGUUUGUGGUCGCUCAGGCCGCCGCUGGUUCGGUUCUGAUGGACCUUAGAGCCGCUGCUGCUGGUUCCGAACCGGAUCCUGUACUGGCGUAACUGGGACCAGUAAAGGAUCUACUGAGAUCUGUUAUAAACACAGGAGCAGAUCCCGAACACACCGGUCGCUGCGCCACAGAGGAAAAUCCGCUCGGACUCGGACUCACCGCGGCCCCGGUCAUGCUAGUAUCGCCAGACCUGCCUCGUUACCAAGCUAGCUGAUGGUGGCGUCGGCCGAUAAAGGCAGGCUAACACCGUCGGCCGCUAAUGCUACGAAACACUCAAGGGAAAUGGAAGAAGCAGACCCUCAGGAGGCUAACUCCCCGAGUCGCGAGGAGAGCGGGCGGGGCCGCGCCGUACCGAAGUACGCUAAUCCGGACGGAGCGCCGGCGCCCGCCAAGCUUCCCAACGGUCACCUGACCUGGGAAGCGCUGGCCAACGGCGAACUGCCGCCGGACGCCGCGACGUCCGGGUCGGGUCACGGGUCGCCGGCGCCGAGCCCGGACGGGGCAUCCGGUCCCGAGGACGGCGGUCACCGUGGCGACCCGGCGUUCGUGGACGUGAGUCUGGGGUCGAGGAACACGUUCGAGCUGAGCCGGCGGCAGAGCGCCCCCGACGACGUGGGCGAGGCCGCCGAGCCGGACGCCGGGCAGAAGAGACACGGCAUCUCCGACAUCUUCAGCAGGGGUUUGUUCUCCAGGAAGCAGAAGGAAUCUCCCAGCGCGCCGGGCUGGAAGCUGUUCGGUAAAGUCCCGCUGAAGGAAAGUCCUCAGAAAGACUCCAGGACCAUCCAGCAGGACGGUAACCCGGGCAACCUCACGUCUGUAUCGACGCCCGACCUCUUGAGCACAGGGGAGUACGAAGCCAAGCGAGGACCCCACAGCCCACCGGCCCAGCUCAGUCACGGCCGACGCAAGAAUCUGGUGUUCGAACCCCUGUCCACCACAGCGCUCAUUCUAGAGGACCGGCCAGCGAACCUUCCCGCUAAGCCCGAGGAGGAGGCACAGCGCCAUCGGCAGGAAUACGAUGAAAUGGUGGCCGAGGCCAAGAGGAGAGAGCUGAAGGAGGCGCAGAAGAAGAAGCAGCAGAUGAAGGAGCGCUUCAGACAGGAGGACAGCAUCGCCAACGCCAUGGUGGUGUGGAACACCGAGAUCCUGCCCAACUGGGACAGCAUGCGUGGCACUCGCAGGGUGAAAGAUCUGUGGUGGCAGGGCCUCCCGCCCAACGUCCGGGGCCGCGUGUGGAGCCUGGCUAUCGGCAACGAGCUCAACAUCACGCCAGAGCUGUACGAGAUCUUCCUGUCACGAGCCAAGGAGCGCUGGAGGAGCUUUAAAGAGACGGGCAGCGAGGCCGAGGCAGAAGACAGCGGCGCAUCAUUAGCCGAUCGUGAAUCCAGUUUGGAUCUCAUCAAGCUGGACAUCUCCCGCACCUUCCCCUCUCUCUUCAUCUUCCAGAAGGGGGGUCCGUACCAUGAUCUGCUCCACAGCGUGCUCGGAGCGUACACGUGCUACCGGCCCGACGUAGGAUACGUACAGGGCAUGUCCUUCAUCGCCGCCGUUCUGAUCCUCAACCUGGAGGAGGCCGACGCCUUCAUCGCCUUCGCCAACCUCCUCAACAAGCCCUGUCAGAUGGCGUUCUUCAGGGUGGACCACGACCUGAUGCUGAAGUACUUUGCUGCGUUUGAGGUGUUUUUCGAGGAGAACCUGCCCAGGUUGUUCAGUCACUUCAAGAGCGCCAACCUCACACCGGACCUCUACCUGAUCGACUGGAUCUUCACCCUGUACAGUAAGUCCCUCCCCCUGGACGUGGCGUGCCGCGUGUGGGACGUGUUCUGCCGGGACGGUGAGGAGUUCCUGUUCCGGACGGCUCUGGGGAUCCUGCGCCUGUACGAGGACGUUCUGCUCCACAUGGACUUCAUCCACAUGGCCCAGUUCCUCACGCGCCUCCCCGAGCACGUCCCCCCCGAGCGCCUCUUCAGCACCAUCCACACCACCCACAUGAGCAGCGGCAACCGCAAGUGGAACCAGGUCUUUAGUGCACUAAUGAAGGACAGAGAAUCGGAGAAGUGUGGCAGCCCGAUCCUGAAAAGCUCCUGAUGCGCUGGUGCUGCACCUCGGCCUUGCAAAAAGACCGAAGUAGAGCUGAUCGACGCGCUCGGACCUCCUCGAGUCCCGUUCUUCACACCAGCACCUCAUUUCCUCUCGAAUCUCUCGUUUAUUUAGAUAAAAUUCCUCAGAAGCGCUCCGUCAUAACCAGUGCAUCGUAGCUAAUGGACCAAUCGGAAGAGCCGCCGAGUGUGCCGUGUCCCGUCGCCGCUUCUUCCCGCUCUCACGCGUUUAACGUGUCGCACUCCAAGCUGUGAAGCUCAUGAACGUCGUUAUGAAUGCAGACACUACUACUCGGGUCCAAGCUGAGACCUCCACGAGGUGCAAUUCCAGAGUUUAGCAGGUUCUCUUUUCUCUACAGUAGGCCUGUCAUGAUACAGAAGCAUUUUAACUUAAUAUUUUAGUCACUCAGUAAUAAAGAGCAGCUGUCGACCGGCCGGGCGCCUUUACAUGCAACUGUCGGCUCGUAGGGAUUACUCACAAGUGCUGCAGUUACGCCCCCUGCUGGCUGAUCCAUGGCGCUGUGCCAUCAAUAAAUAAUAAAUCAAUAAAUAAAUAUAAAGAAAUCAAUAAAUAAAUAAAUAUAAAUAUAUAUUUUGACAGGCCUACUAGUGAGACGAGAUGUUCCCAUGGCGGGCGUGACCAUGUUAAGGUACUCGGGCACUAAAUGAUCGAAGCAUUUUUCUCUUUAGAUGAACUCGUCGUCUGAUUUCUGUCCCGUUUCUGUCUGUCUGUAAUAAUACUCGACCAAACCUGUCUCUCUCUCUCUCUCUCUCUCUCUUUGUGAUUAUAAAAAUUGAGCUCCAGUGCUGUUCCUGUCGAGCGAAUCGUCUGCUUCUGAAUGCUUCCGCCUCUUUGCGUCUCCGCUUGAUGAUUUUAAAGUUUAGGUUUGAAUUUUAAGCUUCUUUUCUACUCAUGUCCUGAUUUUGUACAGUUUUUCGACGAGGAGACUCUGUAAAUACACGAUGAAGUGGAAACCACUGAAGCUUACAGCACGUGUAAAUAAAAGCCAGAGUGGAAACGUG